CAUCGCGCCAGCCAGCGAGCAGCAGCCAAUCAGCCAGUCAGUCAGUCAGUCAGCCGGAGAUAGCGAUCACCCGAUAAUCGUGCACGGGGUGUAAUUUAUAAACGACGUUUCUAGCGUUGCCGUGGAACCGCGAUCCCCGUGUCGGCGUCACGCGCGACUAUGUGACUGCAAGCGAUCGUGAUCGCAUCGUGAAGCAGACCGUGUCGCGAUCGCGAGCGGAGCGGACAAGCGGACGAGCAGAACGAUCAGCCGGCGGACGAGGAAAAAAAGGCGACCCGGGGACGUUAACGGAACGCGGCCGGAACGCACUCUCGAAUCGGAGCCGAACUAUCAGGAUGGAUUGGGAUCUGGUAACGGUGGCGAGCCUGCACCUGACCGCGACCGAGCACCGCUACUACGGCGACAUAUUCAUAUAUUGCUGUGAGAACGCGGACAGCGACAGCGUGCCCGUCAUCAAGCUCGCCGAUUUGCUGCGUUUUGCCAAUUUGUCGCGGGACAUCACGAUGAAGAUAUUGGAUAUUUGCAUUGGACCCAAAGGCAACACACACCUGGGUAAGAAGCAAUUCUAUGGAGCACUGAAGCUCAUCGCUGCUCAUCAAGCUGGUCUCGAGAUCUGUACAGAUAUGCUGACUGCAUCUCUGGAUGUUCUUACCUUGCCAAGAUUUACAUGGCCGUCCUUUGGUGACGAGGAUGGCAGGAGAAGUUCAGACUCGAUUAGGGGCACAAAGGGCAGGUGUCAUGUUCCAGAAAGUACCACAGAGAGUGAAAGCGAAGCUGAAUCUCCACGUGAGACUGGUGGUAGCACAGAUUCACCCACACCAACGAACAGUGUGACUCAAGAGAGGAAUGACGGCAUAUUAGGUGGAGAGACGAUAUUGGAUUCCGUUUCUGGAGGCUGGCAGGGUCUGCUGGUCUCUGAAGAGCAGAGACAACUGUUGGGCACAGAAGAGGAGAGCUCGGAACGUCACAGCAGCGACGAGGGAGAAGGAGACGGGGAUGGCUCGGGUUUUCCGCCAGAGGAAGUGUGGAUUAUCAGUGAUGAGCAACGUGAUUAUUACGCCGCGCAAUUCGCGCAGCUGCAGCCCGAUCCGGAAGGUCUUUUAGCGGGGCCCGUGGCCAGAACGUUCUUCGAGAAGUCGCGACUUCCCGUGGCUGAGUUGAGGCGCAUCUGGCAGCUCGCAGACGUCACUAGGGACGGGGCGCUCAGUUUGCAGGAGUUCUACGUGGCGAUGCAUCUCGUAGUAUUGAGGAGGAACCAUGUUCCUCUACCCGACGUUUUACCUCCGUCCUUGUCGAUCCCGUUAGUCAUGCAAACAGCUACUGCCGUACCACAAAUCCCGCCGACGACAACGGCUCAGAAAUCAUCGCCGACCUCUGGCGCGAACACUCGCGAGAAGAAUAAGGAGUGGACAAAGUUUGUAGACUCACCAACCGGCACGAGCAGUUCGGUCACCAGCCCGGGAUUGCAGCUAGUGAAUUUCGAUUUCCAGAAGUCGGCGGUCGAGCGAGACCCGAAGAUUUUGCACCCGGUACCGCUGCGCUUAACGCCCGAGGCGGCGAUUCUCGCCUCCGGCGCUAACGGCAGCAGCAGCAGCUGCACCACCUUGGGAGAAGACGACCUGCAACAUUCCGCGGCGUCGUUGGUGCAACGACCGCUCACGAAGAAACCACCCGCGGCACCCGAAGAUGCUGUUAUCGUUACUCCCAAAAAAGAACCUCCGCCGCCACCGCCGCCCAGACCUUACAGAACACACGCGCGCAGUUCUAGUCUUGAUCUUAAUAAAUUAGGGAAAAACGGUCAAAGUUUCCUUGGAGCGCCGCCAUUGGUACCACCUAGAAUUUCGCCAGGAAUUACUUCCCCACGUAAAUUGGUCGGUCAAAGAAGCGAAGGUGAGGGUCAAAGAACAAUGAGCGAAAGUCACGGUUUCGUCGCCGAUUUCUCUCAUUUCUCUCCCAAGAAUGAACUGCCUGAAAAUCCAUCUGUAGAGAAUACGUUGCCGCAAUCUCAACAAUUCACUGGAGUUUGUGGAGCGUUUCAUAUUUAUAGGAAACCCAGUCCAAAACGAGACGGCGGCGAAGACGAUAGUAAGGACGAAUCGGAAGACGAGAAGAAAUUAACGUUGCAAGAAUUGAGGGAAAAGAAUGCGGAACUACGCCUAGUCUGUGAAGAACUGACACGAGAAUUAGCCAGCGCGCUCCAAGAACGCAUAAACCUGCGUGCGAAACUCCUACUCUUGACUUGAUGUGAUUGUUACUCAUUUAUCAUUCAUUCGAUCGAAGUUAUGAGGUGUCAUGUAUCCUCGACUCAUUGUAAACAUAUGUAUUUAACAUGUUAUGCUAGUCUAGAAUUCCUCUAUUUCCAACGAAGUAUUCAUUCAUACUUAUAAUAAUCAUUGUAGACGGACGGAUGCAGCAGGGGACGAAAUUUACAAAAAAAAGACACUACGUAUAUAGGCAUUUUACGUUAGGAUGAAAGGAAAAGAAUGUCUAUAGUAUAUCAAUUAUCAAUCGUGUACAAAACUGAUCAUGAUCUCUAUACUGAUGGCAUACAAUUUAUAAGUGCUUGCGAAUUGUUAAAUUAACGAACUACUGUGUUUACAUUUAUAUGUAAAGAAGAAUUGGACGACAUAUUCGACGAAAUUUAUGUUAUCAAAUUCCCUGCGAUUGACUUGUUUAUCGUUUAACUUCUGUAUCACUGCGAAAGUUUAUACGUAUUUCUAUAUAUGCGCCAUAUAAGUGCAUCUGUCAUGUUAUUACUCCAUUUUAAUGUCGAUAGUUGAGAACCAUCUGACUGUUGUUUUGUGUAUAAAAAAUUGAUAAUUUUAUAAAAAAAAAAAAAAAAAAUAUCAAGAUAUAUCCC